AUGGAGAAGCUAGAAAAUUCCAGACUCGCGUACUUCGCGAACAAGAUCGCUGUUUCGUCUGAGCCAGGCUUGACCAAUGCCCAAUUGAUGUUGCACAAUUUUGAUCUGAAGCCUGUGGAACCUGAGCGCCGACAAUGGGGUGCAUGGAAUUUCGUUGGUUUCUGGAUUUCCGACUCGUUCAACAUCAAUACUUGGAUGAUAUCGUCGUCUAUGGUCGCCAAUGGUCUCUCAUGGUGGCAAUCAUGGCUCUGCGUAUGGAUCGGCUACGUGAUAUCGGCUACUUUCAUCUGUAUGACUGGACGCAUCGGUGCAACAUACCAUAUACCGUUUCCCGUCGUUAGCAGGGCGUCUUUCGGCAUCUGGGGUUCUCUUUGGCCGGUGUUCAACAGGGCAGCCAUGGCGUGUAUCUGGUAUGGUGUUCAGUCGUGGAUUGGAGGCGAAUGCGUUACCCUAAUGAUCCGCUCGAUCUGGACCUCUUACGAAAACGUUCCAAAUAGCAUGCCGAAAAGCUCAGGAACGGUCACCAGGGACUUUGUCAGCUUCUUCCUCUUUUGGGCCUGCAGCUUGCCAGCCAUUUGGUUCCCCGUGCACAAAAUCCGCCAUCUUUUCACCGCCAAAGCAUUUUUCGUACCCCCUGCCGGUGUUGCCUUCUUCAUCUGGUCGAUCGUCAAGGCUCAUGGAAUCGGACCCAUUGUACACCAGCCAUCGUCGAAGCAUGGAGGUGCUCUUGGAUGGGCUAUGAUUCAAGGGAUCAUGUCAUCAAUUGCCAAUUUCGCAACGCUGAUCGUCAAUGAUCCUGAUUUCGCCCGCUUCGCAAGGAAGCCGAGAGAUGCGCUGUGGUCUCAAUUCAUCACCAUUCCUGUGGGCUUUGCGGUGACGUCCUUCAUCGGUAUUAUUGUGUCGUCUUCCUCGGCGGUUAUCUAUGGAGACCCGGUCUGGAACCCAUUGGAUUUGCUUACUUACUUCUUGGUGAAUCCUAACACUGGGAAGACGGCGAACGGACCUGCUAGAUUUGGAGUGUUCAUCAUUUCGUUCGCCUUCGCUCUGGCUCAGCUGGGUACAAAUAUUGCUGCCAACUCCGUGUCUGCUGGAACAGAUAUGACAGCCCUUCUCCCACGGUAUCUCAAUAUCAGACGGGGUGGUUACAUUUGCGCUGCCGUUGGUUUAGCUAUGUGUCCAUGGAACCUUCUCUCCACCUCCAAUAACUUCACAACCUACCUAUCCGCCUACUCUGUCUUCCUCUCCUCGAUCGCCGGCGUCAUCAUCUGCGACUACUACGUCGUCCGCCGCGGCUACUACCAGAUCAAAGACCUCUACUCCGCCCGUAAAACGUCACCUUACUACUUCACUUUCGGCUUCCACUGGCGCGGAUACACAGCCUACAUCUGCGGUAUCCUCAUCAAUAUCGUGGGAUUCGUUGGAGCCAUUGGAAAGCCUGUGCCUCAGGGUGCCAAAUACAUCUACAACAUCAACUUUUUCGCCGGUUUCCUCGUCGCGAGUCUGACGUACUGGAUCUUGUGCAAAAUUAGUCCGAUCCCGGCCUGCAGUGAGAAGUGGAUGGAGGUUGGGGAUGAAAUUAGGAAUGUUAGUGUUGCUUAUGGGGCUGAGGGGUAUGAGGAUGAUAGUGUAAGUGCGGGUAGUGGACAAUACAAAGAUGAUGAGGAAGGGCAGACCGGUAUUCGAGAGAGGCAAGUCGGGAAGGAGGAUUUCUAA